AUGCCAAGCAAUCUCAAGAGACAAAUUUUUUUGGAGUUCAAGAAAAAAUGUGCUUGGCGUCCGGAACAUGAGAUCAAAAUUUGUGCAAACUUUCAUAAGAAAGUUGUGCGUGUUCUCGCUAGUUUGUUGACGAAAACUCGUAAAAAUAAUAAGAAUCCUAGGUGGAUUCUAUCGAAGGAUUGGGAAAAAUUACUUGUGCAUUGGGCGAAUGAUCCAAGAUUUAAGCAGAUGAGUGAGAUCAGUAAGAAGGCUAGAUCAUCUACUAAGGGUGGUUCUCUACACACAAGUGGGGCUCAAAGUCAAGGAAGUGUGAGGAGGAAAUUGGACAAGGAACUAGGAAGACUGGUAACUCAGGCUAAGGCAUUCAAGGCAACACACAUAAGAAAGAAGAAAAAUCUCGAAGAUCCAAAUAUGUGGGUUGAGCCGGGAGCUGAAAUGACCUAUAAUCGAUACCUUCAAGCUUUGGAGGAUUUACGACAAACUCAGCCAGAAGAAAAUCGAGGCCUAAGUAGUUCCUAUGAUGAUGAAUUGAUGAAGAAAAAUUUGGCUAUGGAGCAAAAGAUAGCUGAGUUAUCUAGCCAAGUCGAAGACUCGCGGGCUAGGGAAAGGCGAAGGGACUUAGAGUAUGCGGGUCUUAAGGCUCAAUUCGAUGCAUUACUUGCUUCAGGAGGGAUUCCCCCUUGUUCCAAUGAUGUCACUUUCCCUCAUCGACCCUCUCAGUCUCAACCUACUCGAUAUACAGUGUAUGGUCAACAAAGAAAUAUGACAGAUGAGUCUAGUAGUGAUGAAGAAGAUGAGGAUCAUGUGGCAAACACACUACCGCAUUAGUGAAGUUUAG